AUGUCCAACCGCCGUGUCAAGUCGUUAGCUGCUGAUGAGGAUGAUUACGACGAUUACGACAACUAUGACGACGACUAUGAAGACGGCGGCAACGAGGAACUCUCCCCGGAAGACAAGGAACAGAUGCGUCAGGGCACCACCAAAGUCCGUGAAGCUGUAGGGUCAGCCUUUCCAGCUACAGACAAGGAGAUCCAUGACGCUCUCUGGCACUAUUACUACGAUGUGGGCAAGACUGUUGCCUACCUGAAGAAUAAACAAAAGCCUUCGACUGCACCCACAAAAGCCAAGAAGGAUGAACCAAAGAGUAAGCUUUCCACUUCAUUUUGUUCCACAGCACUGCCUGGUAUAUCCCGAUCAGAUCGUGGUGGUCAAGAUGGCUUGCAAGCGACAAUUCCUCAAAAGGAUGCUGAUGGGCGUCAAGAGUGCAUCAGCUCUACCAUCUACUCAACCGAGUUUUCGGCUGCGGAAUUCUUUAAAGACUGCCCUUGGCUGCGUAUUCCAGAACAUCGCAAAGCCGAAAUUCUCAUCGAACCCGUCUAUCCCCGCCUAGGUUUACUUGGUGGUGCUUCAGCAGGUGGCAAAAUGUCCAAACUAGCUGCUCUGGCCGCCAAACGGAGGCAAAAGGAAAGCGAGCGUUCUGAGUCAACUGCCACAGGCAGUUCCGAAUCACAGGAUGAUUAUACGACCCGCCUUAACAAACUUCGGCUCCAGGAAAUCAAUCGAGCAAAGUCGAACACCAGCAGAGAUGCGGACACGCCGAUGAGGGAAGGCGACAAAGCUGUAUCUGAUUCUGGAGUCUCCGCAGACAUCCUUCGACAAGACCUACCGGAUCCGUUAAGCCACGGACAAACAACAUCCACUCCUGACCUAUCGGUUUCGGUGGAACCGUGCAUCAGGGGCCGACCGUCACCUUUUGCCAGCAUCAUGACCAGCCACGAUGCUGACCUCUUCCUCCCAACGUCUCCCGAUCUGCUUGCUGUUGGAGAAAAUGCUAAAUCAUUCGACUUUGCAGAACCAAGCCCAGACGAUGUCGUGAUGAAGGCGCAAAAUGCAAAAGUCGCAGCACCGGCCAAAACGAAGCCUAAGGAAUCAGCGAGAACGAAAACCACUUCGCUCGCUCAUGGCGUUCAGCAACUAUCUGUUCAGGAGACCCCCAAGGUCAAGAGCAAAAACAUUGAUGUGCUUGCAGAAUACAAGAAGGUAAAACGGAAGAAGGCAGCAAAUUUUGUCGUCAUCGGCCAUGUUGAUGCGGGAAAGAGCACUCUGAUGGGGAGACUCUUAUUCGAUCUGAAAGCGGUCGAUCAACGCACAAUGGACAAGUAUCGAAAGGAGGCAGAACGUAUCGGCAAAGGCUCGUUUGCCUUUGCAUGGGUCCUAGAUCAAGGUACAGAAGAGCGGGAGCGUGGGGUGACCAUCGACAUUGCCACAAACAAAUUCGAGACCGACAGAACAAGCUUCACCAUCCUUGACGCUCCUGGCCACAAAGACUUUGUGCCCAAUAUGAUUGCUGGUGCCAGUCAGGCAGACUUUGCAGUUCUAGUGAUCGAUGCGUCCAUGGGCAACUUCGAGUCUGGUCUGAAAGGUCAGACCAAGGAACACGCCCUGCUGGUACGAUCCAUUGGUGUCCAGCGAAUCAUAGUCGCUGUCAACAAGAUGGAUGCAGUGGAUUGGUCUGAAGAGCGAUUCGCAGAAAUUCGUCAACAAAUGUCAGCAUUCUUGACCAGCGCAGGCUUUCAGUCGAAGAACGUUACGUUUGUUCCCUGUUCAGGUCUGGAGGGCGGGAACAUCCUCGCAAAGUGCUCAGAUCCAAAGGCGUCCUGGUACACCGGGCCAACGCUGGUUGAAGAGCUGGACCAGUCAGAACCAUCGACCUACGCACUCGACAAGCCACUGAGAAUGACCAUCAACGACGUUUUCAGAGGCAGCGUGCUGAAUCCUCUGUCAGUAUCGGGACGGAUUGAGGCAGGUAACGUCCAGGUCGGUGAGCAGGUCGUCGUCAUGCCUAGUGGUGAAAAGGCACAGAUUCGAAGCUUGGAGGUCGAUGAUGAACCACAAGACUGGGCAGUGGCAGGACAAAAUGUGGUCUUGAACUUGACGGACAUCGACCCUAUCCACUUGAAAACGGGAGACGUUCUGUGCAGUGCCGUUUCACCGAUUCAGAACGUCAGCGAAUUCAGGGCAAAGGUUCUUGCUUUUGAGCACUUGACGCCCAUGAACAUCGACGUGCAUAAAGGCCGACUCCACGUUCCUGGUCGCAUCAGUCAGCUCGUUGGGGUCCUGGACAAAUCCACAGGCAUGGUCGUCAAGAAGAGGCCGAAGAUCGUGCAGCCAGGAAACGUCGUUCGCGUCGUCGUCCAGCUGGAUCAGCCUGUGCCAUUGGAGCCCCCGUCUCGUGUCGUCCUAAGAGCAAAUGGAGAAACUGUCGCGGCUGGCCUGUUAGAGAAGAACGAAAUGAGACCAUGA